AGCUUUUAUUUACAUAUUGUAUUCUACUGAAAAUUGGCCCGAACUGAAUGCGGACACGCUGUCUUUUAGGUCUUUCGGUACUAUCAAUAGUAAGCCUUAUAAGGAUUUAAAAGUUCGACGGGUGACUAUUACUAUAGGCUGUAAAAUAUUUCCAUGUAAUAUUGAUGGCGAGAAAAAGAAUCAGUACGUUUUGUAAAAUUAUUUUUCAUGUUGAAGAGCGUGGACUAUUGUGAUGCGGCGAAUGUAUCCAUGAAUUUUAGCUCUGUGUUACUACAAUUUGUAUGUAAGAGAUGCCGACUGCAAUCACGAUGAAACCACUGCCAGCUUUAGUCACACUUGUCCACCAACGGGACACCUUGGUCUCAUCUCACAAAGACCGAAGUGCAGCCAAUAGUAUGCCAUGCUUCCAGUCUUCUGUUGGUUUAACAGAAUGUCCCAAAGGAGUUAUGAAGCAGAAGAAGAGAUUUCAGAAGAGACAGCGCAUUAUGGAGCGCAAAGCAUUUUUAGAAAAAGUUGGUAUUUUAAAAGGCAGAGGCAAUACUGACAAGAUCAGCCAGGUGAACGGUGUAAAGAAAAAUUCAACAGAGUGUCUACCUGGCAAUGUUGUUAAAGCGGUGCCAGAAGAAAUGGCACAAAAUGGGAAAAUUGUGACAUCAUCAUCUAGACUCUGGGAGAGUAACACUGGAUUUUCUGCUGGAGUUCUACCUUCUAGUUACCCCAGUACACCUUGCCCUUUUCUGAUGCCCAGUAAGUUGGUCGCAGUUGACUGUGAAAUGGUUGGUACAGGGCCAAGAGGGUGCUGCAGUGAGCUGGCUCGAUGUAGCAUUGUUAGUUAUAAUGGAACUGUCUUAUAUGACAAAUAUAUCAAGCCCAAACAGCCAGUUGUGGAUUAUCGUACCCCCUGGAGUGGCAUAUGGAGUCAUCACUUAAAAAACGCCAUUCCUUUCAAUGAAGCAAAAAAUGAGAUCCUGCAAAUAUUAAACGGAAAAGUAGUGGUUGGACAUGCUCUGCAUAAUGAUUUUAGGGUAUUAGGUUAUUUUCAUCCAAAGCAUCUAAUAAGGGACACCAGCAAGCAGAAGUUUCUUCUACUGAAAGCCGGGUUCCCAGGAAAGCAAUCUGUAUCACUUCGGAAACUAGCAAAGGAAUUGCUACAUCAAAAUAUCCAGUGUGGUAGUAAUGGUCAUUGCUCAGUACAGGAUGCCAGAGCAGCCAUGGAACUCUACAAACUUGUAGAAGCCCAGUGGGAGGCAGAAGUUCAAUUGAAAGUGGCAAUGGGUGCAUAUGAACUUUCGAUUGACCAUAAUGAAUCUUCCAGUCAUUACAUGGAUGACAAGUACUGGCCAGAAGACUUAAAUAAAGACAGCAUUUAAAGUCCAGGGUCAUUGCUGUUGGAAGGUUGUUGAUUUGGAGAAACCUUCUGCCUAUUGAGGCUUUUCAGUUUUAGGCAAAAGUUUGCCUAACUACACUAUACCAUUUUCUUUUGAAGCACCUGGAACCAAGCUAAACUUUUACAUUGCAACAUACAUUCAUGUGUUGAAUUUUACUAGAAUACCAUGUGUCUCUUGGUUGAAUUUUGCAAUUUCAUUAAUGUAGUGUUUUAAAAAAAAAAAAAAUGGAUGCAAAGUUUUUGCUAAUACUUUCCCAGUCUUCUCCGUAGGAUAGUUUAAUGAAAAAAGUGGCAAAUAAUGAAAGAAGCCAACGUAUAUUAGAAUUUCAUUAUUUGUGAAGAAAAAAGCUUCAUUCAAAAAGUUCAGAUUGUCUUUAUUCUGCACUGACAGGGUCUGUUCAGUGUUUCUGAUUAACUGAUUUCCUUGCUGCAAGUUCUUAAAUUUAAUUCAAGAGGAUUGGGACCUGUGAUGAUUUUACUGGUGCUGAAUGAACAAGCCAAAUACUAGCCUGAUGAGUGUGUAAGAAUUAAUUUAUUUUUAAUGUGAUGGAAAAUAGUUAAUUUGAAACUUGAACAUAGAUAAUGCUGCUGUGUAACUACAUCACUAGCUUUUGAAAUGUUUAUUUAUGGAUGGUGUUUGUCAAAUGAAAAUUUCAGGCCU